GAGGGGCUCAUUCUGGAUGAGGCCCCGAGGGGCUGUGCCACCUGUUCCGCCCUGUCGGGCUUCGAGCGGGCUCCUCACACAUCUCGGUUGCAGCGCACAGCCGCGAAGCGCACCCGGCUGUCUCGAGCGGGACACCCUUGCCGCGCGACCACCGCGCGGCCUGCGCAGUGCUUUUUCACACAUUUUGGUCACAACCUGCACAACCUCAAUACUGGACCCGGGCGUCAAGCGAGCGAGAGAGGGCGUAGGAAGCUUGCAUGGAGGUCACAGAGGCGAGGCGCCGUCUCUCGUGCGGGAAGAAUUUCGCGCGCCGGAACCCGGAUCUCUUGACGCUGCGCUGCUUCAGGGUGCUUGGCGCCGGCCUCGCUCCUUCCUCUCCACACCACGUCGCCAUGUCCGACUCGCGCGCCUUCGCCUUCGGCAGCAGCAGCGUCUCGGGCGACUGGAGCCAGACACUGGCCGGCCGCGCCGACGCGCUGGCCGUCUACUCGGACGCCGUGCAGGAGCCGGACGUCGAGUGCUCCAAUCUCGACAGCCUCUACUGCGGCAGCCAGCACGACGACACGGACCGGGCGGAGGCGCGGGUGCUGAGAGAGGACUUCUGCAGCUCUGCACUCGUGGCGCACACGUGGCUCGGGCUGCACCAGGACAACGUCUCGCAGGGCGUCGACAUCGACCUGGCAGCGCUGCGCUCCACGCAGCGCCUCUUUGGCGCACAGACCGUCAAGGUCGUGCAGUCCGCCGCCUUCUCCGGCGAGGCGUCGACCAGCGUGCUGCAGCCCGAAGCGGCGGCUCUGCAGGCGAAGGAGGCAGAAGCACCAGAAGCGAAGGGCGCGAGCUGGGCAGCAGGUGCAGCGAGUGAGCGCUUCGACCGCAAGCUGCAGAAGCAGAAGGAGAAGGCGGAGCGCAAGCGCGCUAAGGCUGGACCCUCGACCGCAUCACAAACAAGGACAGAGCCACGCCUAACGCUCGUGCACGCCGACGUGCUCGACCUGCCGCUGCCCGCGUCGCCCUCGCAGCCGGCACUGCCGCCACCCGACCUCGUCGCCUCGCUCAACUACGCGCUCUGCUACUUCCACACGCGCGCCGGCCUGCUGGCGUAUCUGGCGCAGGUGCGGCGCACGCUGCGGCCACGCACGGGGCGGUUGAUAUGCGACCAGUUCGCCGGGCCGACGGGCGGAGAGGUGUAUGCCGAACAGGCGCCGCUGUGGGCUGCCUUCGAGCGCGAGCCGGGCUUCAUGCGCCCAGCAGAUCCGCGACCUCAGCUCUCCGAGGCGCCAUUGCAAAUCGUGCCGCCGCCAGCAGACGCGCUCGAGGAUGCCGCCAGCCACACGCAGUGGCCGCGCGGCCAGCUCAAGCUGGUGCGCACGGGCGAGAAGGAGGGCGGCUUCGAGUACUGGCGCGAAGACGGGCCGAUUGACUUUGCGACGAAUCGCUUCCGCAUGAGUCUCAGCAUGCGCUUCUCCGACGGCUCGUGGCUGCGCGACGUCUUUGCGUACGACUUCCGCAUCUGGUCGCUCUGCGAGGUCGUCGAGGCGAUGAAGGAGGUCGGCUUCUCCGACGUCUACACCUACGUCCUGCCGCGCACGGCACGCGACGACCUCACGCACGCCGCCGACGGCAACGCAGCGAAGGCGCCUCGCUCGCGCUCCUCGUCUGCCUCGUCGGGCUCUGACGCAGCACCAAUGGAGGACGGCGACGGCAUGGACGACAUGGCGCACCUCACGCGCAUGACGGAGCGCGAGGAGGCCGCAAAGGUCAACUACCAGCAGCUCAAGGCCGGCGACAAGCUCUUUGCCUCAAGGUCCUUCGCCACCUACAUCGUCGCCUGUGCGCCGCCACAAUAGAUCUGCUGCGAAUGAUGAAGCCCAUGUGUGAUG